AUGUCGGUCUUCAACGCCUCUCGUCUGCUCGGGAAGACUGUCCUGAUCACUGGCGCGAGCGCCGGUAUCGGAGCCGCGACUGCCAUUUUGUUUGCGAAGGGCGGAUCGAAUUUGGUCCUUUGUGCGCGGCGUGCCGACGCCUUGAAGAGCGUCGCAGACGCAUGCAUCGCGGCGCAUAAGGAAACGGGCCUGCAACAAGGUGGGAAGGUUACCGCCAUCCAGCUCGAUGUUGCAGACAAGGUGCAGGUUGCAUCGUUGCUCGACAAGAUCCCGCCAGAGCUUCGUCAGGUCGAUGUGCUCGUCAACAACGCUGGGUUCGUCCACGGUGUCGACCGCGUCGGUGACAUUUCGUCGGCAGACGUCGAGAACAUGUUUGCGACGAACGUCCUCGGUCUCAUCGCCAUGACCCAGGUGUUUAUCAAGGAGUUCAAGGCUCGGAAGGCUGGACACAUCAUCAACCUCGGUUCCGUAGCAGGACGCGAGCCCUAUGUCGGCGGUAGCAUUUAUUGUGCCACCAAACAUGCUGUCAGGGCAUUCACAGGUUCUCUUCUGAGGGAGGUGGUGGAUACACCGAUCAGGGUUACUGAGAUCCAGCCCGGUAUGGUGGAGACCGAGUUCUCCGUUGUUCGGUUCGGAGGUGACAAGGCUGCCGCGGAUAAAGUAUACGAGGGUCUCCAGCCAUUGACCGCUGAAGACAUCGCCGAGGAAAUUGUGUGGGCUGCCUCCCGCCCACCACAUGUCAACCUUGCCGAGGUGUUCGUGCUUCCGGUAAACCAGGCCUCUCCUACCAUCAGUUACAGGGGUGGAAAACUGUAG